CAAGAACAAGUGACUCAGCUGUCUAGUUCUCACAGUUCUCAGUCGUCCAGACUCCAGACAAAACAACGGGAACUACUGUGUCGACCUGAGCUUCUGUUCGCAGCUUCAAAUUCAGCAGUAUAUGAGAAGGAGAGGUGUGACAAAUGAUGGCACUCCAGUGUUGGCUUCUGCUAAACUGAUCGUAAGUGAGUACCGGGUUCGGUUAGGUGUUGGAUUGGACGUGGUUAGUCAUGGAUAGCCAGUGCAGCAGCAGCAUGGAUUCCCGAGUCACCCCCAGGGGCCUGAGCUCCAUCAACUCGGCCCACAUGGAGUCUUACGACCUGGGGGAGAAGAAAUGCAUCUCUGACGUGAGGAGGACCUUCUGCCUUUUCGUGACCUUCGAUCUGCUCUUCGUCACUCUGCUGUGGAUUAUAGAGCUGAAUGUGAAUGGGGGCAUCCGAAACCAACUGGAUAAGGAAGUGUUGCACUACGACUAUCAUGCAUCCUUCUUUGACAUCUUUCUCCUCGCUGUGUUCCGCUUUGCGUCCCUGAUCAUGGCGUAUGCUGUGUGCAAGCUGCGCCACUGGUGGGCGAUAGCGAUCACAACAGCCAUCACCAGUUUUUUCCUGAUUGUGAAAGUCAUUUUAUCAAAGCUCCUGACCCAGGGACCCUUUGGCUACCUGCUGCCCAUUGUCUCAUUCGUGCUGGCCUGGAUAGAGACCUGGCUGCUGGACUUCAAGGUGCUGCCACAAGAGGCAGAUGAUGAGAACAGGUAUCUGUCUGCGCUGGACGCUGCAGAGCGGGCUCCACUCAUGCGCCCAGGCCCCAUGUCUGAUGGACAGUUCUACUCCCCACCGGAGUCUGUAGCAGAUUCUGAUGAUGAGUUGCUGGAUGAGGAUAAACACGACCCUGAAAAGCCCAUUAUCUAACAGGAACUCACUGCUGCAUGGCAUAAACACAUGCUGUGGACAGCAUACUGGUGUCUGCCGACCCUGAAGCUGAGCAAACUUUGAUGCUUUCCACUCUCCCCACCAACGCUGUCUGACUGGGAGGAUGGGGGGGGGGGAUGGAACCAGCCACUGGCCCACCACCAUUUUCUUUAUCAAUCCCUGGUCCACUCAUUUCAUUCCACAGAACAAAUGUGUGAAGUGCUUUAUGACUGAGACCUUUUGGCUAAAAGUAGGUGCUCAUCAGAUAGUUUUCUAAAAUGUGUUUUUUUUUGUGCCAUACACGAGCAAAGCCUGGAGAUGGAGAUUGGUGGCCGUCGUGGUUUGGGAGUGAAGGAUUCUGGGUCGGCUCCGUGCCUGUAAUAUAUGCUCUGCUUGCUCUGCCCUGUACCCACACAUGCACACUCACAGCUCCUAAUGUCUUCACUGCAGAAAGACUAAAAACAGCUGCAGCACUCCCCCCCCCUCUCCCCCGAGUAUGUGUCAAAAUCGGACUGAGACGUCGUAUCUUGAUGGGCCUCAGGAAGAUAUGCUAUGAGUAUGCACAGCCUUGUACAAUACAGCACCCUGUCACAUGUAUUUUUGUAUUUGGUUGUCGCAUGGCAGGCAGAUGAGGCUGGAAAAGGUGCUCUUGUGUCAUCUGUGUUUUCGGAACGCAUCCAUGUACUAGUGAAGGACCUUACAAGUAGUCGCACUGAAGUUUGUUCACAAUGAAGAUAUAAGGGCUCACAUAACUGGGCACCAAUCUGUAUGCUCUUAACAUAAUGAUGUGAUGUACUUUUGCGCAUGCACAUGUAAUCUGUGAUUCUUUUUUUUAUGUUGCUGCUUGAUAUGUGAAUGUCUCCUUUUUAAAAAAACAAACAAACAAACAUACAAACAACAACAGAAGCUCUACUCUUGCUGAGAUGGUGACACCACACAAAAAGGAGCUCCUUUAGAAUGGCGUACAGCCGUUCUUAGAAUGGUGACCGGCGUACUGCCGGUCUUAGAAUGGCGACCGGGCCAGGGUCUUUAGAACUGCAGCAGGCAUUAUUCUCUGCCAGGCUGCACCAGGCCCGGAUCUUUAGAACCGUAUCCGGCAACAGUUUUGGGCCAGAUGGCUCUGAGCCAGGAUCUUCUCUGGGAUCGGUUUGCUCCAGAGAUGGCUGUUCUCUUGGUAGCCAUCUACCUGCUAAUAAGGGUGCACACACUGUGUGCAGGAUGGGGAUCUCUUGUUUUGCUGUUUGGGGUGGGCGACAACCACUUGUGACACAUCACCACCUUUGAAAAUGAAGUGUAUGUUGUCUUUUUAUUUGCCAUAAUAAAUAUACAGUUGAUUAUUUUAACAAA